AUGUACGCCGCUCAGAAUAUAACGCCAACAGUUUUGGAUGCCAUGAACGGAAAUGUUUCCGAAUGGUAUAACGAAUGCGACAAUGCCAUUAGAAGGUCAGAAAUAGUUCCUGGAACUUACGAAUAUACAACUGCUGUUUCUUAUGGAAACGUAGGUGAGUUUGGAGAAGGUUCUUCAACAACAGUAGAUAUUGCUUGUGACAGGUUUCAUAUUAUUUCUAUUGACAACUCAUUCUUAUACGUGGAACAAGACAUUGAAAUAAAACCUUCUGCCAAGUUGUCUGACAAGAAAGGUUGCAAUGGAAUUUUCUAUGUCGGAUACCAAUAUGCUCCAGAAGUUUUCAUGGGAUAUAAGAUAUAUUCUAACUCUGACUUAGUUCAAACAGUAACAUGGGCAAACUAUGAAUGGUUCGCUUUGAGAAACUCAGUACAACCACAAGCUAGAGAACAAACAGACCAGUAUGCAAAUAUUGAGAAAAUAAGAAGACUUGACCCUAACGUUCCAGGAGUUUAUGUUAACCUUUCUGGUUCAGAUGGAAAUGCUGCCACUAAAGUAAAACUGAAACUUAGAGUUCCUUUGUCAUCUUUCCUCAUCUUCAGGUUUUUAAGAUACUUGCCAAACUGGGCAGGAAAAAUUUCUAUCGAACUUACUCCAAGCAAAAAUAA